CAGUGUGACUUGGAAAUAUUUAUGUGCUCAAUUGCAAUUUUUAAUCUGAUAUUUUCAAUGAAUUUUGUGGCUUCUAUUUAUUCAUAUAUAGUCUCUACCCUUUAGGUAGAUUAUUAAAUCAUUCUUUAUAUCAAUUUGACCAAUGAAUUCAAAAACAUCAAGCAACAGAGUUGCACCUUCUAAUCAAGCCAGGAAAAAUGGUUUGAGUGUGUCAAAAAGAGAGAGUUUGUUUCCAUCCUCCUGGGGUGAGGAGAAUAAAAAAGAGAAGAGCAAUGACAAUUUAGUCAAUGAUAAAGCUAAACCUUUCAGUAACUCAUCUGAUGUAUAUGUUGUUUCAAGACAAGAAAUAGAAGAUCUAGUUCCACAUCUUCCAGUUGUUUCUUCAACUAUUUCCAAGAGUUAUGGUGCUAAUCAAGCUCAUGAUAAUCCAGCUUAUCUUUAUUCAGAAUCAAUUUGCCAAGAUAGUUGCCCAUCUUCAAUCACUGACAAUGAGGCAAGUUUUAUCAAGAAACACUGUGCACGGGUGACCCUCCUGAGGCAGCAAUACUCUUGGGAUUGUGGAGUCACCUGCAUCAUGAUGAUUUUGCCAAAAAGGGAACGCCAGUAUCUUGCUGACAAUCUUCAACAAGUUGCUCUAGAGGAGAAUUUCCACAACAGCACUUGGAGUAUUGAUUUGGCCUAUCUUCUCUAUCGGUUUGGGAUUCAAUUCAGGUACUACACUAUCACUCUUGGGGUUGACCAUGGACUAAGUAAAGAAAAGUUUUAUCAAACUGCCAUCAGCAAGGAUGAGCUUCGUGUUGUGGAUCGUUUUGAACGCGCUUCUGAGCUGGGCUUAGUUGUGGAGAAGCGUUCUGUUUCCCUGAUGCAAAUCACGGAGCAUCUGAAAAAUUGUCUACCAAUCAUCGUUUUGACCAAUGCCCAUCUUCUGCAGUGUCGCUUGUGCAGUUUUUCGGAGACAAGAGCGCGCAUCAGGGACUGCUUUGCAGUGGCCUGUGACGUGCCUUACCAAGGACACUUUGUUGUACUUGUUGGCUGUGAUGAAAAUUCCGGUUUGAUUUACUAUGCUAAUCCUUCUGUUGGAAAGAAAGUCUGCUGCUGCACUUUCAAACACAUGGAAGAUGCAAGACUAAGCUAUGGAACGGAUGAGGACAUAAUUUUUAUUGAUCGUGACAGAUAAUAUAUUGCUUUUUAUGAUGGGAUGUUAUUUCAAAUGGGUCCUCAUGUAAUGAAAACUCUUUGCUCAUUCUUUUUAAAAAAAUGUCUACAUCUUUAACUAGAAUUGAUGAAGAUAUUUCAUUACUAACCCCUAAUCAGAAAUGUAUCGAGAUUUCUAUUCAUCUUAACUCAUCCUUCCCAAAAAAUAGAAUAUUUUUGUCUUGCAAGAAAUUUUUCUUAGGUAAUUUUAAUCUUGACUAAAGUAUAUUGACAUUAUAACAAAGCUUGAACAGUUGUAUGCAGAUAAUUUGUAAUUGAGGAACUGUAAUUUAUUGGAUUUACUCAUUUUUAUGUAGUGACAAGUACCUAAUUUUGAUGUUCAAAUUUACUUGCAUUGUAAUCUUGAGCUUCUUAGUGACUGAAAUCAUAUUUAAGAUGUAUUCAUGACUUGAACUGCCUGUAUUGUUGUUGUGACGUAUCUGUAUUUAUCUUUGAUUUCUGAAAUGUGGGCUAAAAUAUUGGAUUUCUUUUAUUUAAAUAUAAUUAAGGCUUAUUGCAAUCAAGGUGCUGACUGUCGAGGGAAAGCUAUAUACCUAGUACUUUUUCUAUGUCGAUGUUGUAUCAAUAUCUAGUCUUUGUGCCAUAAGUCAGGUUUGCAUGUGCAAAUUCUGUUUGUAGACUAUUAUCAGCAAAAAUUAAUUAUUGUAAUGUGACAUCGUUUGUAUUAAAUUUUCUUGUUUUUGCAAUUUUAUGAGGUUGUUGUCCAAAAUAAGGUUCUCAGGACCAAAGGGUUUAAAAUCAAUUGCUCAGACUCUCGGUUGUGUGGCACCAAAAUUACUCAUUUAGGUAUGGACAUAUUUUGUACAUUUUUAUUUUGUAGUGACUGUGAAUGAAGGAUUCAUUUAUUAUUUAUGUUUCUCCAGACUACUUAGUUAUGUUAGUGAAAUAAUUUUUAUAAAGAACCUCUUCUUGUCUUUUACGUAAGAUUGCCAAAUAAUUGACUUGACUGCUAGGCAUAACAGCUUGCUUACUGUAAUUUUUAUGAACAUAUUAUACUUAUUCAUAUUCUAUAUGAUGAAAAGAUGCUAAGAGAGAUAUCUCUCUUUAAUAAUAUAUUAAAACCAAUAUUUCCUUUUUACGUUAUUUGUUAUUUUUUUAGAGCUAACAGUCAAACACAAUAUUUAAUACCGCAAUAAUUACUCCAAUGAUUAUCUUGGAAAAUAGUUUGCAUUCAAACCAGGCUUCUCGUUCCACAGGUCUUAA